AUGGAUCUUAGCCAUAAACUCUAUGCCCAUGAAUCACAAACUCUAUCUCCCUUCACAAAUUCACCAACCUCACCAUUGCAUUCAUCUCACAAUAGCUUUCCCAUUAUAGCAGUUGCCAUUAUAGGGAUUUUUGCAAUUGCUAUUUUGCUGCUCAGCUAUUACAUCUUUGUGACCAAAUGCUUCUUUAAUUUGCAUCAAACCAAUGACGUUAUGCGUUUUUCUGUAUCCAGAAGGCGACGUGUCGAAGAUCAUUCAAUGAUUUACUCUCCAGAAAUCGAAAAACGAGGUCUAGAUGAGGCUGCAAUUAGAUCAAUCCCUUUAUUUCAAUACAGAAAGGGUAUAGGAAAGGAUAAACUUGCAGAAGGAAGCUAUACGGAUUGCACGGUUUGCCUGAAUGAAUUUCAAGAAGAUGAGAAACUAAGAAUCAUUCCAAAUUGUGGCCAUGUUUUUCAUAUAGAUUGUCUAGACAUUUGGCUUCAAAAGAAUGCUAAUUGCCCUCUAUGUAGAACAGGCAUUUCAUCCACCAAAAUGAUUCCACUUUGUGAUCAAAUUCUUCCUCUGAACACUCCUCCUCGAGACUGUGUUGUCAUUGAAAUAAAUGAACUAUCAUCCAUUACUCCUUCACCUAGAAAAUUAGAGCCAAAAGUACGUCGAAAAACAAGCAGAAAAUUGAGUCAUGUUUCCAGCAUGGGAGAUGAAUGCAUCAACGGCAGAAUGAAAGAAGAGCAGUUUGGAGUUGAACCAAUAAGAAGAUCUUUCUCCCUGGAUUCAGCAGCUGACAGGCAGCUAUAUUUAUCUAUUCAACAAAUAAUAAAGCAUCAAAGAAGAGAGGUAGCUGAUGAAGGUUGCAGUAGCGGAGUGAAAAGAUCAUUAUUUUCUUUUGGGCAAGGAUGGGCUUCAAGAAAUGCAGUUCUACCACUUCCUUUGGACCAAUAG